UCAAAAGUUAUCGGUCCAUUGGAUGUGGAAAGUAAACACAAGAAAGUCCGAGGUGUGUCACAAAAUUGUUCAUCAAAAUGACCUCAAAGCUGUUGAGACAGCCAUCUCUUAGUCUCACUGCUGCCACAUCUGAUCCCAGUAAGAGGAUUGGAAUACUUGCUGAUUAUGGCUCCCAAGUUGAAGUGGACAAAUCUCUAGCUGUGAAGCUUUACUUCAGGUCUGGGAGAGAGGUCCUGAGAAUGGCCAAUAUGUAUUGUGAUGAUGGACAACUGGAAAGUGCCUUUAUCUUGUAUUACAAGUUUAUCACGUUAUUUGUGGAGAAAUUGCCAAAGCACCCAGGUUACAAGGAUGCACCUCCAGGUGAAGCUCUGGAAUUGAAAAGGAAAUUAAAAACAGUCUUCUUGCUUGCUGAGGAAAUCAAGUCAAAGCUUAAGAAACGCUACAUAGAGGAGGAAAAGAUUUUCAUUGAAGAGCAGAAAAGGCUGGCAGAAGAGAGAGCAGCAGAGGAAGAAAGAAGAAGGAAGGAGCUGGAAGAGCAAGAACGGUUAGAUGAAGAACUGGCCAAGAAAUUGCAGGAAGAGGAAGAGGCUGAAGUUCGUAAUGAGCAAGAGGAGAAAUACAAACGGUUACGAACAUUGGAAGAGCAGAAGGUCAAAGACGAGCAAGAGAAGAAAGGAGCUGCAGGUGCAGUUGCAGGCGUCUCAGAUGGUGUUGCGGCCGCGGCGGGCGCCGGGGCUGUGGCAGGUGCAGGGCUGUGUGCGGUUGGAGUGGGAGACGUCCCACCCCCUAGUGCUCCUCUACCUGACAUGCCACCUCCUCAGGUGGGCGGGGAAGCCCCUCCGCCGAGCUACGCCGACUAUGUCUCUGACAGCAGGUUGUACCCCCCACAGAUUCCUGACAGAGAGCUGAAAAAGAAGCUAGUGAUUACUGAUUCAAACACCCCAGAUGUUCCUGCAGUGCCUAGUGUAGACCGCAGUAAGAAACCCAUUGACCACCACACCAGCCUGGGUGAUUUCGGCGGUCUGCAAGGCGGGCUGAGGACUGUCACUGUACCCGAGGAGCUCAUGGUCAAGUUUCUGGCGGCAGCGCAGUCAAAUACAGCAAAGGAGUCGGAGACCAUGGGGAUCCUCUGUGGGAAACUGGCACAGGGAAUGUUCAAAAUCACCCAUCUGUUUGUGCCUCAACAAACUGGUGGCCACGACAGUUGUGACAUGGAAAAUGAGGAAGACUUGAUUUUCUAUCAAGACGAAUAUAAUCUCAUCACUCUUGGCUGGAUUCAUACUCAUCCCACACAAACUGCGUUCUUGUCAAGUGUGGACUUACACUCUCACUUCCCAUGGCAGAAGAUGAUGCCCGAGGCCAUAGCAAUUGUUUGUUCACCAAAGUUUCAAGAGACAGGAAUUUUUAAACUAACGGAUCACGGUCUGGAUGUCAUUGGUUCUUGUACACAGACUGGAUUCCACCCACAUAGUAAAGACCCCCCUCUGUUUGAGACAUGUGACCAUGUUCAAGUGUUGAGCACAGAGAGUAUAACCCUCACCGACAAAAGAAGAUGAGAGUAGAGCUGGAACAGGGGCCUGUGCUAAUUUGUGCUAAUCCGUCACCAUUGACAAGAGUGAAGAAGCUGUACAUAUUAUAUUUCAUUAAAACUUACUAUUGAACUCUCUUCAUCUUUUGUGGAAAAACUAUUUGUAUAUGUUUGCAUUUUUUAUAUUGGCUAUAUAAUUUAUGACACAAUUGUUGCUUUUAUUGCUGAUUUCCUUGAAAGACAGCCAAUAUAUAUGUGCUUGAAAGAUGUGGGAUGCUCUGUUUUUUUCUGGACAAAUGAACUUUUUAUAUAAAAAUCAGUUGCACACGUGUGUGUGUGUGUGUGUGUGUGUGUGUGUGUGUGUGUG